AGAAGGAACUAGUGCGGAGGUCCGGUGAGCUGCCUCGCGUUCAGGGACUUUUGCCUUGCGGAGGAGUGGGGUGCAGGUGUGGGUGCUGAGCCGCCGGCCGCCUGGAGGGGGAGACUGAGCUUCGGGACACGCAGGCCGCAGCGAGGGCCCGGGCCCCAGGGACCUCAGGCCAUGGAUGCUCCCCACCCCAAGGCAGCCCUGGACAGCAUUAACGAGCUGCCCGAGAACAUCCUGCUGGAGCUGUUCACGCACGUGCCCGCCCGCCAGCUGCUGCUGAACUGCCGCCUGGUCUGCAGCCUCUGGCGGGAUCUCAUCGACCUCAUGACCCUCUGGAAGCGCAAGUGCCUGCGAGAGGGCUUCAUCACCGAGGACUGGGACCAGCCCGUGGCCGACUGGAAGAUCUUCUACUUCCUACGGAGCCUGCACAGGAACCUCCUGCGCAACCCGUGCGCUGAAGAGGAUAUGUUUGCAUGGCAAAUCGAUUUCAAUGGUGGGGACCGCUGGAAGGUGGAAAGCCUCCCUGGAGCCCACGGGACAGAUUUUCCUGACCCCAAAGUCAAGAAGUAUUUUGUCACAUCCUACGAAAUGUGCCUCAAGUCCCAGCUGGUGGACCUUGUAGCUGAGGGCUACUGGGAGGAACUACUGGACACAUUCCGGCCGGACAUCGUGGUUAAGGACUGGUUUGCUGCCAGAGCCGACUGUGGCUGCACCUACCAACUCAAGGUGCAGCUGACCUCAGCUGACUACUUCGUGUUGGCCUCCUUCGAGCCCCCACCUGUGACAAUCCAACAGUGGAACAAUGCUGCAUGGACAGAGGUCUCCUACACCUUCUCAGACUACCCCCGGGGUGUCCGCUACAUCCUCUUUCAGCACGGGGGCAGUGACACCCAGUACUGGGCAGGCUGGUAUGGGCCCCGAGUCACCAACAGCAGCAUCGUCGUCAGCCACAAGAGGACCAGGAACCAGGCCUCCUCCGAGGCUCAGCCUGGGAAGAAGCAUGGACAGGAGGAGGCUGCCCAAUCGCCCUACCAAGCUGUUCUCCAGAUUUUCUGACAGCUGUCCAUACUGUAUCCGGGUCAGCCAGAGGUUCCUCCAUGCAGGAGCUGAGCAUGGGGUGGGCAGUGAAGUCCCUGUACCAGCGACUCCUGCCCCGGUUCAACCCUACCAGCUUGUGGAAACUUACUGUCACAUAGCUCUGACGUUUUGUUUUAAUAAAUGUUUUCAGGCUGGGCACGGUGGCUCAUGCCUGUAAUCCCA